AUGCUUGAGUACAUUCAGUUUCGUUGGAGUGGAUAUCAAUCAGCGGGUAUACAAUGGUCAAUGAGCAGUUUAUUCAUCGGAGAAUGCCAAAGUUUUUGUCAUGAUAGAGGUGUUUGUACAAUUUCUGGAUGCCUGUGUACGAAAGGUUUCUCUGGAAAAUAUUGUGAAACACGUGAAAUACGGUUAGAUUCAUAUUUUAAUGAAACAUUUGACGAUACCCUGAAUAGUUGGGCGAAAUUAAGUGUCGAAGCAAAUAUCCGACAUGUAUGUGAAACAGAAACAGAAUAUUUGAGCGGACAAGCAUUACACUUCAAUGGAUGUGGUUGUUUGGAAGCAGUUACAAAAGAAUUAAAUAUUAGUUCGUCCAUAGGUGUGGCGUUUGCCUUUCAUGUUACAGCUGAGAACAACUGUUUAUCAACAAGUGAUAAUAUUACAGUAGGCAUUCAGUGGACGAAUGAUGAAGGCAUAACAUGGACAAAUCUUGGACUUGUGUAUAACAUUGGUCAUUCAGAUGCAUACAAUAUCACAUUUAGUGAGAAAAUGAAAGACCAAGGAAUUCGAUUGAGAUGGAUUCAGUUGGAAAGAAGCGGAGAACCAUUUUGGGCAAUUGAUAAUAUUUACUUGUAUUAA